CGGUACCGGAGGUGGAGGACAAGUUGGCUGGUGUUUCAGGUAAAGGACGUGGUUUCUGGGUGCGGACAUAACAGACUGAAGAAAGCAGAGCACAGAGUGGAGGAAACUAGUGGACUAAGACCUCCUUUUAAUAGAAAGGGGAGGAAAAAAAUGGACCCCGUUCGCAUUUUGGCGUUCUUCUUGAUGGUCUUGUGUCACUUUUGGGCCGCGGAUGGCGCAGGAAAGGGCCGCGGCUUCAUUGGCAUCAUAGACCCCCAGACCUCGGACCUGAUAGUGGUGGACCGCGCCACCUCGGAGACACUACAGAGCGGCCUCACCACCGUCUUCCUGCCGAUUGUCUACAUCGUGGUUUUCGUGGUGGGCUUGCCCGCCAACGCCAUGGCCGUCUGGGUGUUCCUGUUCCGAACCAAGAAGAAGCACCCGUCGUCCAUCUACAUGGCCAACCUGGCCCUGGCCGACCUGCUCUUCGUCAUCUGGACGCCGCUGAAGAUCGCCUACCACCUGGCCGGCAACGACUGGACGUACGGCGAAGGGCUGUGCAAGGUCCUGGUGGGCUUCUUCUACGGGAACAUGUACUGCUCCAUCUUGUUCAUCGCCUGCCUCAGCGUGCAGCGCUACUGGGUGGUGGCGCACCCGCUUUCCCAGCAGCGCAAGAACAACAAAGUGGCGGUGGCCGUAUGCGUGGCCAUCUGGAUUUUCAUCUGGCUCACCACCACGCCGCUCUACCUGUACCAGCACACGGCCCGGCUGCGCGAGCCCGCCGUCACCACGUGCCACGAUGUCAGCGUCAUCCUGGACCCCCUGGACCCCUUCGCGUCCGUCCGGCUACCUUACUUCUAUUUCGUCCUGAUGGGCGCGGUGGUGUUCCUGGUGCCGUGCGUCGUCAUCCUGGUGGCGUACGUGCUGCUUCUACGGGCACUGGGCCGCGGCAUGAAGGACUCCGCGGCGUCAAAGAACCGGCGGAGGGCCGUGUUGCUGAUCGCCAUCGUGCUGCUCACGUUCCUUGUGUGCUUCAUCCCCAGCAACGUCAUGCUGGUGCUGCACUACUCGCUGCUCAAGGACGGGGUGGCGGACAACGGCUACGCCUUCUACAUCACCACCCUGUGCUUGGCCAGCCUCAACAGCGUACUGGACCCUUUCAUCUACUACUUCGUGUCUGACGACUUCCGCCAGCACGUCAAGAACACGCUGCUGUGCCGCAGCAGCCGGACGGUGGAACGCAUGCGGGUGUCCUUCAGCUCCAUGAAGUACUCCAGGAAGAGCAAGUCGUACGUGUCGGACUCGGGAAACACGCAGAGCAGCUCGUGUUAGCCGCCGGACGAACAGACGGACGUCUGGAUGGAUACUUCCAACCGAGAAUGGACUUUUAAUGUAACGCAUGCUGCUUUAGGAUGACGUCCGUCCAACAAGACUGGGAAUUUUUACCAAAGACUUUUUCAAAAGUGUUUUUAACCUCAUAUAGUGUUCCAUUGUUUUUUAAAUAAAUGCUAAAAGCCAA